AGCAUGGACUAUUACACGCCCCAGCCCACGCGUCGCCACAACCCCGUGGACAGCAUUUGCCGCAAACUACAGACCAUUCAGUGGCGUGGUGACCGGGAGCCAAAUUCACCUUUCCAGAUUCCCAAGCUCUCCUCCAGCAGCUACGACAGCCCCCAGUGUGGCCUCAGGCACAACCUGGAGGCUAUCCUCAAGAAAGGGUCGCUCCACAGAGACGAGGGGGAGAGGGGGAAGGAGAAGCUGAAGGAGAAAGUGAAGGGUAGAGGGAUAGGGAUGCCGAGUUCUGCAGCUUCUCGGAGGAGCAGCCGUGGUCCCUCUGUCCCGCUGUCCACCCCAGCAUGCAACUCACCCACGCCAACUAAUGUCACAUACACCAUCACUAGUACUCUGGGAGAGAGGAGAGUUGCUGAUGGGAGUGAUUUAAGACCGGUUAAGACAUGGCAGAGAUAUUGUUCGACUCCCACAAGCCAGGUCAAAGACUCCCCUUACUUUACGUUCACACGAGGACCCCCGUCGGUGCAGCCCGAGAGCGAGACGCCAAGCAAGAGCCCACCUAUCUCUCGUACUUUUACCCCGAGUAACAGCACCCUCUCCUAUAACCUCAACUUCUGCUCUGCAGAAACAGGGAAAUUAACAGAUCAUGAGCUGACCUACCCUGCUCUGGUUGUUAAAAGACUGUCUUUGGAAGAUGGAGGGAACUCACUGGGCUCUGAAAGCAGGAAGGAGAAUAUGGCAGAAAUCAGUCUGAUCUGUGAGGAGAAUCUGCUCGAUACAAUCUUCCAUGCCUGUGACACCCAGCGCCGAGGUAAAGUGUAUGUGUCUCACAUCGUGGACUUCCUGCGGCACACCACCAGUCGCAGCUCAGAAGACAGUGGACUGGAGGAGCUUUGUAACAUGCUGGACCCAGAACACAAAGACGUCUCCAUCGACCUGGACACGUAUCACGCUGUAAUGAGAGAGUGGAUUGAUGACCGCCGCAACAAUGGGGACGAGCCAUCCGAUGACAUAACCCAGGACUCCAUUAAACCCAUAGACAGUCUGUCCACCAAGAGGUCCAUGAUGCUCAAUAUGACCUCAGGAAGCUUGGAGGCCUUUGGAGGGGAAGCAUCCAGAGCAGAAUUUGAAACGUCAGAGCUGGUGUACUGUGUUGCUGACCUCCAGAUGAGCAAUCAAAAGCUUGAAGAGGAGGUGAGGAAGCUGAAGCAGGUGGUGGAGGGCAUGGAGGACAGCAACCAAAAGCUGGCAGAGGAGAAUGAGGAGCUCCGCAACCAGGCCAGGGUCCACCAGCAGCUAACCCAGAAAGAAAAGAUGCUGAAAGAGGAAGUUGAAGAAAUGAAGGCCACUCUGAGCUGCACAGAGGAAGGCAGAGCUCGUGCCUCUGCACAAAGCAAAAGCAUGGAGAAAGAGAACCACAGUCUCAUUGCCAAGAUUGCUUCUCUUCAGGAAGAGAACUUUAAGGUCACCAUGGAGAUGGAUGAGCUUCAGAGGAGAAUAGCAGAGCUGUGUGACAUUAACGCUGACCUUCAGGUGCAAAUACACUCUUUUGAUGCUGUCGUUAGUGAAAAGGAAGCUUUGACACAAGAGAAGAGCAGACAGAUAGAUGAGCUGAAGGCAGCAGUGGUUGAAUACUCCACCAUCACAGAGCUGGUGAGGGCGGAGAAGAGCAAACUGGAGAGCCAGAUGCAGCUGAUACACCCAGACUUGAGUGGAGCUGGACUGUCUCUGUCAGUGGCCUACAGGUUGAACCAGAGCAGUGCAGGAUCCUUACAGACAGAACUGGCUCUGGCACAGUCACCACUGGAGCCCCUUCAUGGAGUUGAUCAUUUGUCCACCACCAUGAGCUUGGCCUCUCCUCUGGAUGAGACCCUGGACAAGGAGGUACUGCUGAUGCUGCAAGGUCCCAGCCCUGAACACAUGGCUCUGGAGUUCAAGACCCUCCUCAACAAACUGAGAAUGGAUUUCAAAGAAGAAACCAACUCUGUCUUGUCUACAGUUAAAGGCUUGCUAGAUGACAACGCACAGCCAGGGGGCAACACAGACACCAGUCUCCAGACGGUGCAGGCCGAGCUGGAUGCGAGGAGGGCAGACUGGGCCCUCAGCCUAGACCAGCUGGCCCAGUACACAGACUCACUGGAGAAGGAGCUCAUCAAAAUGGCCAGUAAUUUGAGGAGGUCCCGAACUGAGAUCCUGCACCUUUCAGUCAGGGUGCAGGAGCAGGAGAACAAGAAGCGGCAGCUGUGUGAGGAGCUGGAGCAGCUAAAGACUCCACAGGACAGCAGAGAGGCCUCAUGCCAGACACCAGCUCCAGAAGAAGAGACUGGAGAUGACUUGGACUGGGAUGAGGAGUUCGCCCUCCAAGACUUCCUUAAGAAUGAGCUAGCAGAAAGGAAUUGCCGAGGUCAGGACGGGCGACCUGAAGCAGAUAAAGUAACGGAGCGAGGAGAAGAGGACGGAGAGGAGAAGUGGAUGGUGGUAGAUACAACAGGAGAGGGAGAAGUGAGAGACACAUCCACUCCUCUGUCAACCCUGUCUGGGAAGGCACAGCCUGAACAAGGUGCAGUAGGAGAUGGUCAAGACUCUACAGCCUGCACUGAGUCAGAGCCAGAGGUGACCUGUCAGCCUUUGCAGGAAGAGGCAGCGGUACCAUUGAGCGCCCACUCACAAGCUGUCAGCAUUAGACACCCAGAGGCGGAUGCUCUCCCUGAUCCGUCCCACUCAGAGAACUACAGUAAGACCUUCGUUACACAGUCUCAGUCUGAUGGUCCAGCCAAAGAUCUCACAGUCACACCUGGUAACAGUCCUCCCACAGCAACCAAGAUGAUUCCUCCUGACAGCACAUCACCCAGACCAGAUGAGAUCGUUACCCAGAGUGAGAGCAUCCAGCCAACCACUGAAGACCACAGGCAAGAAGAGAAAGACGGAGAUGCUGACUUGAGCACAGCCGAUAUGAGUCGCACUAAGAGCCUGAGCCGGGACCAGUCGCUAGACAGAUCAGCAGCGGAGGACAGCACGAGCCUGCUACCUGUGUUGGUGGAAGAGGAGGAGAGUGUGCAGGACAGUGCAGCUGACGCUCCAGCAGUAGUGGACAGCAUGGCAGGGACAGACCAGCUCACCAGCAGCGGAGCGACUACUUUCUCUGACAGCAGCUCUCCUCAGUCAGGAUCAUCAGUCAUACAUGCCAACCAAUCAGGCAAGGGCAGCGUGACCUCUGACCCCAGCCAAUUGGAGGAUAGUGCGUCAGCAGCCAAAACGGAUACCCUCCCCCAACAUGGCAAAAAAAAAAAGGAACUGGAGCUGUCAGACAGCAUGGAGGCCAUUGAGCAGCCCAAGGUUCAGGAGGACCAAAGUGAGACCAGCAUGACCACUGAGAAGGAAUCUGAGACAUCAGUCCCUGACACCAGUGAAACCGUGAAAGAAGACAAGAACAGCCUGUCGCCGAAUGACAAGGAGAUUGAGACGGAGUUCCAGCGUCUGGCGUUGGGCUUCAAAUGUGACAUGUUCACACUGGAGAAGAGACUGCGCCUGGAGGAGAGGUCACGUAACCUGGCUGAGGAGAACGUCCGCAGGGAAGUGUCCAGCUGCCAGGGCCUACUGCAGGCUCUGACUCCUCUGUGUGAGGACGAUAACCAGUCCAUGGAGAUCAUCCAGCGGCUCCAGAAGAAUCUGGAUAUUCUCACCCAGUCCAUGACCCGAGUGUCCAGCCGCUCUGAGAUGCUAGGAGCCAUUCAUCAGGAGAGUCGUAUUGGUAAGGCUGUGGAGGUGAUGAUACAGCACGUGGAGAACCUUAGGAGGAUGUACACCAAGGAGCACGCUGAACUACUGGAGCUGCGAGAGGCACUAAUGCAGAACGAGAGGUCGUUUGGAUCACAAACCGAAAGAGAUGACUUCCGUGGCAAGAAGCCAUCAACAUCACAGUACUACAAGUCAUCAACUAGGCGGGUCAGCAUAGCAGGAAUACCCCGUGCUGGUGGAGGCAACAUGCACUUUGACAUGCCCAAAACACAAGACGGUUCAGAAGCUGAGACAGAAAGACUGACCAGGCGAUCUCCAUGGAAUGUGGCAGGGAAGAGCACAGCGCGCCCUCCACUAAAGCGCUUUGUUAGCUCUGCGGCCUGGGUUGACACAGAAGAGCCCUCUCUCAUGAUGAAGGGGACAGCCAGCGACAACACUGACUUCCAGUCGGAGGACGAGCAGAAGGAGGAGCCGGUGGCAGAGAGGAGGAGGUCCAGUCUCAGUGAGCUGGGCAGCAAACUCACCUCCCUCAUUCUGCCCUUCAAGACGAGUCAGGAUGAGCUCUUUGUAAUGCUUCCAAGCCCCUCAUCAAGCCCAACAUCUACAGAACCAGGAAUGGCACAUUCUCUGUCCCAUAGCCUAACCUCCUCCCGGGCGGCGGCAGCAGCAGCAGUAGCUAGAGGCAGCAGGGGGGUCUGGCUUUGGUUGGCCAUGGUGGUGGUGCUAGCAGGUCUCCUGGCACUGCUGGCCAGCCUGGUAAUGCAGCCAGCAGUAGACGCAGCCCCAGUGGGGACUGGGGACUCCUGGAUGACCAUGCAGCAGCUGCUGUGGCCCUAUACAGGGCUCAGACACAAUGGACAGCCCCCCGUCUAACCUCUGACGUCUGGGGCGGAUGGUGCUAUACCCAUAAGCCCUCUACAAAGAUUACCUGUGCUUUGGGUGGUGAUGAAGAACAGUGUACCACUCCUGAGCCGUGGCUGUUGGGAUAUUUACUGGUGCCUGAAGAUUACUAGACAGACUCUUAUUGAUAGCACAGUCCAGUCCACAGGGGAUAGUUAACCCUGUGGACGAUUUUAUGUGUCACAUCACGUUUGCUAAAUUAGUUAGUCUGUGUGUGUGUGUGUGUGUAUGCAUGUGUCUGUGUUUAAAAGCAGCAGCAGAUAAAGGAGGUGGCAACCAAUACCUUUUAUGGUGGGCUGCUCAAUAUUAUGAUGCAGUUUUCCUAUCAGUGCUACUGGCAACUGUCCACUUGGACCCAACACAAUCUGUAAAAUCCAGUUUGAUCAGUUGUCAGAGCUGCCACACUGUUGUCCAAUCAUGACGCAACUUCAUCAGGAUGAUAGCACUGAUCCACAAAGUUUGAAUGCAGUUUUCCAUUGACAAACAUCAUGGACGAUGGCUUUUUAAACACAUUUCAUGCACUUGAAGAUACAGGAGGACAGCCAGCCUUUUUAAUGGAGUUUUCCAUUCAUGUCCUUAAUGGUUAGAUAGGACAUUUUAUAACUUUUAAGUCUAUAAACACUGGUAAUAAAAAUGAAUUUUAAGUGUUUUAAGUGUUUUUGAAAUCUAUAUUUAUGAGUGUGUUAGUUUUGAGUGGGGAAAUGUGAAUAUCUUUAUUUUUAAGUUAUAAUUCUACUUUAACACCAAAGGCUUUUUUAUUUUCCUUUUUUUGAGUUCUUGCUGUGGUUGUCACCGUUUUCAACUUCAUACACUUUUGUAUGUUCCAAAAAAGAUGCUUGAAACUUUGCAUAAAUAAAGUAGCCAAUUCUACA